UUUUCAGUUCUAGUUACGGUAAAGCUCUGGAUUUUAGCCAAAUUCUUUAAGAGUUCAAGAGUACAAAGCUCUUUAGGAGGCUUGCUCUUUUGAAAUAUUUUUUCAGAGGUUAAAAAUUAAAAUCUCAAAAGAAUAUCAAGUGUGGGAAAGUAUUCUCGGCAGAGGCACAGAUCCCAAACACCUCGAACAUGAAGCAUACUCAUGUUUUUCUGUUACUUUUGUGCUUCUACUUAAGUUUCUGCAAGCUCACUUUAACAUCAGCCAUACCUCAAGAGGAUCUGUUGGAGAAAAAGUGCUUAGAGAAAAAAUACACACGCCUCUCCUGCACUAAAGUCUUCUGCCAGCCAUGGCAGAGAUGCGUGGAUGGGACCUGUGUGUGUAAACUCCCGUAUCAGUGCCCAAAGAAUGGAACAGUGGUGUGUGCAACUACCGGGAAAAGCUACCCAACAUACUGUCAACAAAAGAGUCUGGAAUGUCUUCGCCCAGAGACAAAGUUUUUAAAUAGUGGAAGAUGUACAGCCGAAGGAAAAUUUAGUGUUUCCCUGAAGUAUGGAGAUACUUCAGAGGGAAUUGUUGAAGUAAAACUUGUGGACCAACAGAAGACAAUGAACAUAUGUAAAAGCAGCUGGAGCAUAAGGGAGGCCAACGUGGCCUGCUUUGAACUUGGAUUUCAACAAGGUGCUGAUACUGAAAGAAAGUUUGCUGCUCUUGAAGCUCCCUAUACAAAUUCCACUGAAUGUCUGCAUGUGCGUUGUCGAGGAUUUGAGACCAGUUUGGCUGAAUGUACUUUUUUUAAGAGAAGACAUAGUAGACAUCACCAGAGUUUAGCUAGUGUGGUGUGUUACACACAGAAUGCAGAUUUGUCAACAAAUGAAUCCUUUCAGUGUGUGAAUGGAAAAUACAUUUCUAAAACAAAGGCCUGUAAUGGUUUCGAUGACUGUGGAGACCAAAGUGAUGAGCUAUGUUGUAAAGAGUGCCGAGGUAAAAGUUUCCAUUGUAAAUCGGGUGUUUGCAUUCCAAGCCAGUACAAAUGCAAUGGCGAGGUGGACUGUAUCACAGGAGAAGAUGAAGUUGACUGUAAAGGAGCUAGACAUCCUGCAAUUCAAGGCUUUGCACCUGGGGCACAAGAUAAAACUGAAAUUUUGACAGCGGAUAUGGAUGCAGAAAGAAAACGGAUAAAGUCAUUAUUACCUACACUAUUCUGUGGAGUUAAGAAGAACAUGCACACAGACGCACACGCACGAAGAAGAAAACGGGUUGUGGGAGGAAAGCCAGCCCAACUGGGAGACUUCCCAUGGCAAGUGGGAAUUAAGGAAGAGGAUGCAAUCAACUGUGGGGGAGUUUAUAUCGGUGGCUGUUGGGUUUUGACUGCUGCACAUUGUGUCAGAACCAGUAAGACUCACCGUUACCAAAUAUGGACAGCAGUAGUAGACUGGCUAAAACCUACCUCUGAGAUAACAGUUGAAUGGGUGAAUAAAGUUAUUAUCCAUGAAAACUAUAAUGCAAGCUCAUACCAAAAUGACAUAGCUUUGCUUGAAAUGAAAAAAGUUGCACACCAGAGAGACUGUGAGCUGCCUCAUUCCGUCCCAGCCUGUGUCCCCUGGUCUCCGUAUUUAUUCCAACCUAAUGAUCGAUGUGUCAUUUCUGGCUGGGGUCGAGAAAAAGGUAACCAAAAAGUCUUUUCACUUAAGUGGGGCGAAGUUGACCUAAUAGGCAACUGCUCUAAGUUUUACCCUAAUCGCUUCUAUGAAAAAGAAAUGGAAUGUGCAGGUACAUUUGAUGGUUCCAUUGAUGCCUGUAAAGGAGACUCUGGAGGCCCCUUAGUCUGUACGAAUGCCAACAAUGUGACUUAUGUUUGGGGUGUUGUCAGUUGGGGUGAAAACUGUGGAAAACCAGAGUUCCCGGGCGUCUAUACCAAAGUGGCCAAUUAUUUUGACUGGAUCAGCUUCCAUGUAGGAAGGUCUCUUAUUUCUCAGUACAAUGUGUAAAAUUGUGGUCUCCCUCUUCUUUCCUUUUUUCUCUCAAGAGUGCCAUUUAAUUUGAAAUAAAGCUGUAUAAUUAAUAUUUCUCUAGAAGGAAAAAAUAAAGCAGUCUCAUCAAGUAUUUUUUAAGGUCUCUACAAAGUUUACACCAUAUUAGAAUUUUGCUGUAUAAUGCUCAAAUAAAUAUUUUGGUUAAGCAUA